UUUAUAUUGCAAUACAUAUCACAUCCCGAGUGUGACAUCAGAUAUAUAGCCAUUCAAUGUCAUCGCAUACUGUUUGCUAUAAAUGACAAUCAAUUUGAAUGUCUCUUCAAACCGGAGUUCAGUGAAGAAGACUUGACUCGACUUCGAGUGAAAUAUUUAUAUCUAUUCUCUUCUCGCAAUCCAACCGUUAAUCUGAAAAAUAGUUUAUAUUAUCAAAGAUGUGAUGAAGUGUUGAGUGAUUCUCAGCUUUGUUUCAAAGACGACGACUUCUGCGAAGACAUUGUUUCAGUUGAAGGCGUUUUGAUCAAUAAAUUUGCGAUUAAUAGUGAAUGGACUCAAAGAAAUAGUUUCAGUGAUGAGAACCGAAUUGUUUUGCUGCCGACCACUCAGUCUAACCUCCGGUGUCUGGCAUUAGGUGUUGCUUAUGGCAAACCAGUGCUCAUUGAGGGGCCCAUCGGUUGUGGCAAAACAUAUACCAUUCCCAUUCAGACAACAUUUAGCGUUCAAUUCCUAGCUCAAUUUAGAGCAUUAAUACAUUUGGACCGGAAAGUGGAACAUAAGUUAAGUGUCAAACCAGAAAUGACAAAUGAAGGCAAGAAUCACACGAAUGGGUCAAUUAAUGGCCAAAAUAUUAAGAAUGGUGUCAAAGAAUCGCCGUUUCAGAGGAAUACAUCCGACAGACGAUCGAGGGCUUCAAUCCGACAAAUCCCCCGAAGAGUGUCUACCACAUCGAGUGUCAAAUCUAGGGGCGGAUGGGGUAACAAAUGGGAAUUUUUAUUGAGUUGUGUUGGACUAAGUGUCGGAAUCGGCAAUGUUUGGAGAUUCCCAUACUUGGCCUAUCAGAAUGGUGGUGGUGCUUUUCUCAUUCCCUACCUAAUAAUGCUAACUCUCGCGGGAAAGCCCAUGUAUUUCAUGGAAUUGGCUUUCGGUCAGUUCGGGGGCACCGGACCCCUAACCAUAUGGAACUGCGCUCCCAUUGCUAAAGGAGUUGGCGCUGCUAUGAUCGCCGUCUCGUUAGUGCGGGAAAGCCCAUGUAUUUCAUGGAAUUGGCUUUCGUUCGGGGGCACCGGACCCCUAACCAUAUGGAACUGCGCUCCCAUUGCUAAAGGAGUUGGCGCUGCUAUGAUCGCCGUCUCGUUAGUCGUUUGCAUUUAUUAUAAUGUCGUGAUGUCAUACACCCUAUACUUUAUCGGUCACUCAUUUCAAUCGGAGCUGCCGUGGCAGAGGUGUGAUCCUGAGUGGGCUAAUGGCACUAAUUGCACCGUCAGUCUACAUUCGGAGACGGCGUCUCUUCAAGUCAAGCGAAAAGUAUUAGAUAUAUCACCCGGAAUCGAUCAGUUGAAUGGAAUCAAAUGGGAUUUAGCUCUUUGUCUGGCCAUUAGUUGGAUUAUUGUCAUCCUUUGCCUCCUUAAAGACGUUAUCCUAAUCUCACUGUUAAUCGCUGGUGUCGUACAAGAGGGUGCCUGGGAAGGAAUCAAAUAUUUUAUUGUGCCCCAAUGGGAUAAACUAUUGGAAAUCAAGGUAUGGCAGGCCGCGGCCGGACAAAUGUUUUUUAGCUUAAGUGUAGCCAUGGGAGGGCUUAUUAUGUUUAGCAGCUAUAAUGACUUUCGGCACAACAUUUUCCAAGAUGCUAUGAUUGUCAGUGUUUUGGAUACAAUCACUUCAAUAAUCUCCGGAUUAGUCAUAUUCUCAGUGUUGGGGGCAAUGGCACACGAUUUAGGACCAGGUGUGAGCGUGACUGAUGUGGUCAAAAGUGGCCCUGGUCUAGCAUUUGUCACAUAUCCUGAGGCACUGACUCGACUCCCAUUCCCACAAGUUUGGUCCGUUCUCUUCUUCUUUAUGUUGUUUACAUUAGGUCUCGAUUCUGAGUUUGCUCUCAUGGAGAAUGUAUUAACGAGUCUUUCCGAUGAAAUACCAUUCCUUCGAAAACAUAAAUUGAAAUUCUGUGUCAUAACUGGAAUCGUUUGCUUUUUGUUGGGUCUUCCCUGCGUUACAAGAGUACUGUAUACAUUAAUCGCUUACACGACUGUCCAAUUAGGCGGUCAAUAUGUGUUUGAUGUGGUCGACAAUUAUGGCGGAAGUCUUCCUUUGGUGUUCAUAGCAGUGGCCGAAUGCGUGGCACUCAUGUGGGUCUAUGGCUUUGAUAGGUUUGCUUUCGACAUCAACUUUAUGUUAGGCCGACAAUUGGGAAUCUAUUGGAAAGUGACCUGGAAGUACACAUCACCUAUCAUUUUGGCCCUUAUUUUUGUCUAUUCACUCGUUAAUUUUGCGCCAUUAAAAUAUGGUGAAUAUGAUUAUCCCGAUUGGGCGGACGCUAUGGGUAUAUGUCUCACCUUGAUAAUUGUACUCCAGGUGCCAAUUUGGGCAUUUUAUAGCAUAUACACACAAAAGAAAGGACAGACUUUUAAAGAAAGAGUCGAGUUAUCGUGUAUUGAUUCUGACGACUGGGGGCCCAAAGAUAAGACUCUGAGGGAUGAGUGGAGAACCAAAUAUGCAAAUUGUCUCUCAUUCCAAACCCAGGAACCGAUGAACAACAAAGAACCGGCAGUUUUGAUGAAAUGUGAAAUAAUAGACAAAAAGACUAAUAGUGCCGACAAUCCGGCGUUCGUUGCAGACAUUCCUUAACUUAUUUCAUAUCAUAGACUCAUUACUACUGUAUAUCAGUUCAAAGCAUAGAUUCUUAUAUCCAUUCC